UUGAGUGGUAAGUACAUCCUUUUUUUUUGGAAAAGAGUCGUACUGCUCUCCAUUUAGCUCAAGUGUACUUCCCUUUGGGUAUAUUGUGCAUAUUUGGAUUUGCCGAACACAUCAUUACUGUCACACACAAUGUGCCAUAUGCCUCGGAGGCAGAGGAAAGACAUGCUCAACUUUACAGAGCAGCUCCUGUGUCGUGUCCUCUGCAGAUGGUCUCGGUGCUCCUGGGCGCAGUGUGUGUGCUGAGCUGCCUGUGUGCGGUGCCGCUGCGGGGCCAGGGGCCGGGGCAGGUGGACCCCCUGACGGCCAACCGCUCGAACCCGCAGUGCUGGGACUCGUCCUCGGCGCUGCUGCUGGAGAUGCGCUCCCCGAGGAUCGCCGACACGGUGCCCGCCUUCUGGGACCUGAUGGUCUUCCUCAGGUCGUCGGACAACGGCAGGCACACGGCGCUCUUCUGGGACCUGGCCCGGGUCUUCUGGGGGAUCUAUGUGGACUGUGUGCUGUCCAGGAGUCACGGCUUGGGACGGAGACACGUCACCGCUGUACACUCCCUCAUUACUGACAAGUCCAUCAGGUUCAACAGCUCAGGUUUGAACUCCCACGCAUGGCUCAGUGUCAGAGUGAGGGGACACAAGAAGACCAUGAAGACCGAACCCAAAUCAAACACACACUACCACAAAUAAUUCAGAAGAUUUAAACUUGAACUUCAAUAUUUUCUUUCUGUCUGAACAACUAUUAUAAUCUAUCCCUGAGGGGAAUUCGAGAUCUGUGCUGCCCUACAAAGCGAAAAUCCAGUGACUACAUGUAUAUAGUGUACUUCAGACCAGACUCGGAACUGAAAUGCAUUCAUCUUUACAUAUUUUUACGUGGUAUAAAUGUAUAAUUCAAAAGAAAAGGAAUUGUUGUAUAUAGCAAACGCCCCCAAUGAAAACCAAACCAAACGUUCAAACUAACAAAAGUCACAUAUAGGUCAAAUAGGUUGGAGACGGCUAGCUUUGACUGAAAUAAAUGUCUUUCCAAUCCCUCCCUAUCUUUUUUUCUGUUAUUCAGAUCGGUUUAAAUAAAGUAACGUCUUGGUAAUUUAGCUUGUCCUGUAUAAAUUAGGCAGCAGCCAUAAAAUCCAGCCGUACAGAGAAAAAUAACUGAACGAGCCCUGCUAUAAAGGGACACUAAACCUAGUGUAGCAAAUAGGCAGGAACUAACUUGAAGUGAAAUUUGAUGUGAAAUGACUUAUAUAAAUGUUUUAAAUUAAAAAUCAACACCUCAAUAUUAUAUGUGUAUUUGUAGGGUAGCAUUGUUCUCUAGAGUCUCUCUAGAGUUUUGUCGACUUAUUAUCAUAUACAUAUUUUCUUAGUGUUAAUGCACAAUUAAGUGGCCUGGAAAAUGAAAAAUACUUUGAAGAAUAUUAUCACUUUAUGCUGUUUCACAUCACUUCCCAAAGAAAAGAGUUGCUACAUUGACUAGAUCUUGUUUUAUAAAGUUUUUGUUUAAUUAGUCUUAAUCCUCUCACCCUUUUGUGUAAGCUGGUGAUACUACACAAUAACAGCAUUGUUGCCAUGGUUACCUCACAUUGCACACUGUUUCAAAACCGUUUCUUUCUAUUUUUUUAUCAUGCUGAAUGUUCUUGUGAUAUUCGCCUUUAAAAAGCAAUCCAACAUUGUAUGAACUACAGUUGAUUC